CGAGGCGGACGCAUCAUUACGCACCACACCAACCACUGAGAAAAAUACGCGAAAGGAAUAUAUAUCUAUAUAUACAUAUACACGAACUGGUUCUUUCCACCGCUGUGUUUAAUGGAUACCGGUUGUUUCACCGCGGCGCAGCGCAUUUCGUGCCACGCCAUGAAUGCGGAUUUAUUUAAGCCCGCUCCGGAGCGUGGACCCCAACAGUCCUCUGCCCCGGUGAAAACCAGCAGGAAUAAACCCGAACAGAUCAAACCGGAGCUGGCUCAGGUGGUGACUGACUCCAAAACGGGAAGGUCCUACAGUAAAGGGAAGCUUUUGGGAAAGGGUGGCUUCGCUCGAUGCUACGAGAUGACGGACAUCUCCAGCAACAAAAUGUAUGCCGUGAAGGUGAUUCCACAGAGCAGAGUGUCCAAACCACACCAAAGGGACAAGAUCACGAAUGAGAUCGAGCUCCACAAAACCCUGUCGCACAAGCAUGUGGUGAAAUUCUCUCAUCAUUUUGAAGACCAAGACAACAUCUACAUCUUCCUCGAGCUCUGCAGUCGGAAGUCCCUGGCACACAUCUGGAAGGCAAGACACACGCUCACAGAGCCAGAAGUGCGAUAUUACCUCAGACAGAUCAUAUCCGGCCUCAAGUACAUCCACAGCAGAGGGAUCCUGCAUCGAGACCUCAAACUAGGCAACUUCUUUGUCAACGAGAACAUGGACCUGCGUCUGGGAGACUUUGGCCUCGCCGCCAAGCUGGAGACAGUCGAGAUGAGGAAAAAAACAAUCUGUGGGACUCCCAACUACUUGGCCCCCGAGGUGCUCAACAGACAGGGCCACGGCACAGAGUCCGACGUUUGGUCCCUCGGAUGCGUCAUGUACACGCUGAUGUGCGGCAACCCACCUUUCGAGACUCUCGACCUGAAGGAGACCUACAAGUGUAUAAAGGACGUUCGGUACAACUUGCCGGCCUCGCUCUCCCCCGCGGCACAGAAACUCAUCUCAGGCAUCCUGCAGAAAAACCCCAGCGACAGACUCUCGCUGGAUCAAAUCCUCAACCACGAAUUCUUCACCAAAGGUUUCACCCCUGAUAAGCUUCCACCCAGCAGCUGUGUGAUGGUGCCAGAGCUCCACCCCCCCAGCCCUGCCAAGAAAUUCUUCACUAAAAUAGCAAAGAGCUUCUUUGGCAAGAAGAAGGCAAAAGUGGAGAAGAUCCCAUGCGAGGAAAAAGAUGACAAAGACAUUUCUAAGCUGGUGUCUGGCAUCGUUAAAUGUUCCAUCAACAGGCAGAUCAGCUACAUGACAGUGGGACCCAAUGAGGUACAUAUUUCUUUUUUUUUUUUUCCCCUAACUGAAUGCCACAGCAGCAGGAAGCUCUGCUGGCCAGUCCCUAACGUACCGGUCUAUACUACUUUUUUCUCUCCAGCAUGUGAGGACGUUCUGACCCCUGCAACUGUGUCUGAAUCGGCCUUGAAAGUUCUCAACAGCUGCCUGGCUACCAUGCCUGCAGCCACUAGAAACCCGCCCUGUCUGUCCAGGCCCCAGUCCUUCCUGUGGGUGACUAAAUGGGUAGACUACUCCAACAAAUAUGGUUUUGGCUACCAGCUCUCGAACCAAAGCAUCGGUGUGCUCUUCAAUGAGGGAACACGACUCAGUCUUUGUGACCAACGCAAGACAGUCCACUACUGCAUUCCCAACAACAAACUCUUCACGUUCCCUGCCAACGCUCUACCUGAGCAACUUCGCAACCAGAAACAAAUUGUGGACCUCAUGGCCAACUACAUGGAGCAAAACCUUAUGGAGGGUGGAGAUCUGCAUUGUGAGGAUCAAGUAUCCGGUUGUCCUCCUCUGCUGCUCCAGUGGGUGAAGACGGACCAUGCUCUUGUCAUGCUCUUCAACAAUGGCACAUUACAGGUUAACUUCUACGCAGACCACACCAAGAUCAUCCUGUGCAAGUCGUCUGAUGACUCCUAUCUGCUCACCUACAUCAGCCGGGAGCGCGUCUCGUGCACGUACCUCCUCAGCAUGCUGCAUGAGAUGGGCUGCACCGCCGAGCUGAGACACCGGCUGCGAUACGUAGUCCAGCUUCUCCAGCACCAUGCCGAUGCCUGAGGGCCCGGCUCGGUGCCUCCCAGGCUGCCCGAUUGGCAGAUGCCUUGGAGGCGCUCUGACCGGUUAACAUUUCUUCCUAGGCAGCCUGACUGGUUGAUCAAAUUUCUCAAGGCAGUGCCGGGGACGAGCCGACGCCUGCUCAGUUGAUGGAUGGAAGGCUGCUCAGAGGAGUUGAGCAAUUUUUUUUUUAUUUUUUGAACGGGUGCUUAGGCAGCUGAUUUUCAGAUUGAUUGACCUUGAUAAACAUCAAGCAGUCGGGAAGUUCUGCUUCAAGGUUCUGUGCCUGUCCAGCUUAUGCCUCAAAGGUAUCCACCCGGAAGGUAUUGAUACCUAAUAUAAGAGACUCCUACCUGGCCUGAAGUGAUGGAUCCCUCACAGGCAGAUGCCUAAAUGAACACCCCAAAACUCCAAAUACCUUCCCUCACUUGCUCAAAACCACCGCUUCGUGGCUGGAUCUUUCAAAGCCACCAACCAGACCUGCAGCUUUCAGCUCCCCCUGAUGGCCUAUAAUCCAGGCAUGAUUUGUCAAAGGUAUCUAAACACUAAAAUUGUCUUAUUUGCUUGCAACAGAACAAGGAUAAUCUUGCCGCUGGAAUUCUUUUUAGGCUGUUUUCCAGAAGUGUUUUAGCUGCAAGGUCAUUUAUGCAGUUUACUUUCAUUGAAACUGAUCUUACAGCAGAGUUGCUUUGGGAAGAGCUGGGGUUUGAUUGGUGAGAGAGACCCCUCUUACCCUUGGUUGUUUCUGGCCUGUUUGGACUAUGGUGCAUACAUUCAUUUUUAUUUUAUUUUUUUCUAAAUAAAUGAGCCAACAAUAGGAUCACACUACGAUCUUGACCUUUUCAUGCACAAAAGACAUUCCUGGCCUUAUUUGACAAUGGUUCGGAAAAGGUUACCGCCUCUUCCGAUCCAACAUCGCAUUGUCUUUUUUUUGUUGUAGUUGGAAGCAAAUUUCACUGAUGUGGUACACAGCAUAUUAAAGGGGCUAUGGGAGCAACACAAUUUUGCACUUUUCUUUUUUUUUUUUUUUUUUUUUUUUUUUGUAAAUGCAUCUGGAAAGUGAAACCUUUGACUACCAUCUGUUAUAUCGUAGUAGUUUUUAACUAGAUACCAAAAGGCAUUCUUUGGUUUUUAAAAUGAUUCAGUUUUAAAUUCACAAUACCGUCAUUGAAUGUGUGUGCGCAACACGUGCUGGUAAAUAAAACUGUUUGUUUGGAGGGGGGGGGGGAGAUAAAAGUGCCUUUCUGAGGGAUGUCUGUAUAGUGCAAUAACAACCCUUUGUGAAUGUCAAGCUGGAUACAAACUAGAUACGAGAGAUGGUUUUUACAGGUGGGAUUUACUUUUGUACUUUGAGCAAAGUUUAGAAGUAAUUCCAAUAGCACUACACUCUCACUACCUGGUAUAAGCUUUUAGAACAACUGGCAUCAGUAUAUAUCGCAGUAAUAUCUACUAAGGGAAAAAAUAAAACAUUGUACUCUGUUGUACUGUAAUCCUUAUCGGUUUACAUUGCUUUCUCAACCCAGAGUUGUAUCCUAAAAACUGUGACCUGGAAUGCAAGUAUUACGUACAUGUGUUUUCAAAAACCCAACAUUGUGAAAGCCAUCUGCCAAUUCAGAAGAGUCUUUAUUUUUUGGCACAUAAUGUCCUGUUUAUUUAUUUUUAUUUAUACUCGUUUUUUAUUUAUUGUGUAAAUGUUACGGUCUUGACACAAGGAAAUGUUCAAUUCCGAUCACCUUUUGUAUGUAACAUAUUUGGGGGGGGGGAAAUGGGACAAAUAAAGUUGAUUGAAAAUUAA